CGUGACAGAAUCAUAAUCAUGUGAUGUUAUUGCUGUAAACAAAAAGAAAGUACAACAGUCAGUUUACAUUUUUACAACUAGAAGCGACAAGAAUGCAUGUUUUUCUGGUUUGUGUUUGUUUGACAGGGAUAGUCCUUGGCAUACCACAUAAUUUUGAACUUCCUAAACUGAAAGACGACGGAGUUCACUGGGCUUUGUUAGUUGCAGGCUCAAAUGGAUGGAUGAACUACAGACACCAGGCUGAUGUUUGCCAUGCUUAUCAAGUAUUGAAGAAUCAUGGAUUACCAGAUGAGAGGAUUAUUGUUAUGAUGGUUGAUGAUAUAGCCAACAAUAGAGAAAAUCCACAACCAGGAGUUAUCAUUAACCAGCCAGAUGGACCUGAUGUUUACCAAGGAGUUCCAAAAGACUAUACAGGAUUAAAGGAUGUCACUCCAGAAGUAUUCCUAGAUGUAUUACAAGGUAUUAGCAAAAAGGUGAAGGGUAAAGGUAGUGGCAAAGUUAUAAACAGUGGACCAAAUGAUCAUAUCUUUGUAAAUUUUGUCGACCAUGGAGCACCAAACCUGAUUGCUUUUGGACAAAAAUUUCUCCAUAGUAAAGAUCUGAUGAAAGUUUUAAAAGAAAUGCAUCAAGAACAGAAAUUUGCAAAGCUUGUGUUUUACCUGGAAUCUUGUGAAUCUGGAUCUAUGUUUAAAACACUUCUACCCAAAGAUAUAAACAUCCUUGCAUUGUCAGCAUCUAAUUCAUCACAGUCAUCUUAUGCCUGUUAUUUUGACAAGAAGAGGAAAACUUAUUUGGGAGAUGUGUUUAGUGUUAUGUGGCUGCAGGAUUCUGACAAGGAAAAUUUAAACUCUGAAACAAUCCAGGAUCAGUUUAAAAUCACAAAGAAGAAGACAAACACAAGUCAUGUGAUGGAAUUUGGAGAUAAGUCAAUUGGUAAAAUGACAGUUGCUGAAUUCCAAGGAAAGCAGCAAGCUAACAACAUUGUAUUUCCAGCACCUGAUCCAACUAUUGAUGCUGUGAAAGCUGAGGAUGUUGAAAUGGAAGUACUUAGAAAUUUAUGGCUCUUGUCAACAAAUGAGGAGGAGAAGGACCAGUUAAUGUCACAGCUUUCAGGCUUAGCUCUGAAAAGAUCUAAAAUAGAUAAAUUAGUGAAGGAGAUUAUCAGUAAAACAGUGGAUCAUGAUCACCAGAUAGUUACCAGUAUCAUGGAGGAUAAUAUUGACCUAUAUAAUCAUGAUUGUUACAUACAAACUGUGGAGUAUUUGAGAGAUACAUGUCAUGACCUUGACCUGCCAAAUUUCCAAUACUCACUCAGACGACUUUAUGCAUUUGUAAACCUGUGUGAACGUAACAAGUAUUCAUUUGCCACCAUUAAAUCUGCCAUCGACAAAACAUGUUAGUGGACCAAAAAUACAGUAGAAGAAGAUGGACAAAAUGUUGAAUACCAGUGCUAUUAACUUAGUUUGAAACAUUCAAUAUAUCAGUUUUUGGGGAGGAGUUAUGUUUUGAUUUAGUAUUAAUAUGUAUGUCGGUUCUUACUUACAGAAGGUUGUAUGUUUAUUUACAAAAAUGUAUAUAUAUAUAUAUAUAUUUUAAAAGAUUCUUUUUAUACAUUUAUCAAAAUUUUUCCUGAUAAGGCAACUUUACUUUAAAACUGGGUGCAAUAAUAUUUUCUUCUUUUUUGUGUUUUUGUAGUACAAAGUCAAAAUAUAUUUUCUAUUCUCAAAGUAAACGAUAUAUAUAAACAGCAGUGUAAUGAAUAGAAUAUAUAUUUAAUCUGUAUGGUAUAUUAAAAUUACAAAAUAAGUACAAAAUUGGCACGGGAAGAAAAAUUCAGACCUGCCAACUUUCAUUAUUUAUGGGGGAUUUCCUCCGUGAGAGGUGUUGACCUAUAUUUUGGAAUUCUUUAUUGUAUAUAUGGUCACAUCAUGUUUUCAUACGUCAUAUGAAUUCGUACAUGCAUGCUUUUUCAAUGGAAAUUGUGAUGUCACAAUGCAUUCUUAAUAGCAUGAAAACCCAUGAGACGAGGAUACUGAUCACCUCAAAACAGGCAUUCAAAUGAGUCAAUAUGGUAUUUCAGCACCUAGAUACUCAUUCAGACAAUAUAGAAGAAGAUUAGAAACUUUUAUGACAAUAUAAGAGGGGCAUUAGGUCCUCUUGUGCUUAAAAUCCCCCAUGGAGAUAUUGAAUAGUUGGUAGGUAUUAAAAUUGUACAUUUAAGAUUAAAACUUGUGAGAAAGAAUAUAAAACAUUUCUGCGAAUCAUUAGAAUUUAUAAAAAUCAAACUUAUAUCAGCAAGAUAGAUAAUGGACAUACAUAUUGUAUUGCAUACUUAAAAAAAAACACUUUAUACUUAACAUUUAUAUUCCUGCUUUCAACAUGGUUUCUUGACUUUUUAUGGCUAAAUGUGAGCAAAUUAUAUACACAUUGUAAAUAUCAUGUAAAUGUUUGUGUUGCCAAAGAUUAAGCAUAAUAAUUGGUUAAGAGUGUUAUGGAAUAUUUUUGGAUCUGAUAACAAAAUUGUAGGAUUUAUGCAUGUAAUAUUAAAGAAGUAAUUCUACAUGUAUUCAAUGUUACAGUAAUAUUUUUAAAAUGUGUUGUUAAUGAAGUAACUUCACAUUGGCAGUUAAAUAGAAAGUUUUUGUUAUAUUGCAGUAGGAAUUUAACAUGGACUGUUUCAGCAAUAUUUAUUUGUAAUGUUACAGAAGAGAUUGUACAUGUACUGUUCAAUAAGAAUCUAUGUGUACUGUUACAAAAUGUUACUUAAACUGUUUCAGUAGGAUUAUAUAUAAUGUAACCGGUAUUGUUCAUGUUCUGUUAUUUAUAAUUAGAAUCUAUGUGUAAUUUUGCAGAGUUUAAUUGUAUUAAAUGGAAUUAAACAUGCUCUUUUACAUUGAAGUAUAAGAAUGGUACAGAAAAUUACAUUUACUGUGAUGGUAGGACUUUCAUAUGUAGUGUUUCAGAAAGAUGUACAUUUGUUUAUAUAAAACAUGUUACCGGGUAAUAUAAAAGAUUCCUGCCUUUGUCUGUGAUCAGUUUUUCAAUCCAUAAUAUCAUUAAAGUGUUGGAUAUUGUA